GUCGGAGGCCGUCAGAUCUAGGGCAAUUUCUGAACUGAGGUUUAGGUCUUUGUCUCAAAACCUUACUAUCUUCCAUUAGAAGAGAGAGAAAAGGAGAGAGGUUCCAAAGAUGGUGCAGAGACUUACUUAUCGGAAACGCCAUAGCUAUGCAACCAAAUCCAACCAGCAUCGUGUCGUUAAAACCCCUGGUGGGAAGUUGGUAUACCAGAGUAGCAAGAAGCGAGCUAGUGGGCCUAAGUGUCCUGUUACUGGGAAGAGGAUUCAAGGGAUCCCUCACUUGAGACCAGCUGAGUAUAAGAGAUCUAGAUUGUCUAGGAACAGGAGGACCGUGAAUCGUGCCUAUGGUGGUGUGUUGUCUGGAGGAGCAGUGAGAGAGAGGGUUAUUCGAGCUUUCUUGGUGGAAGAGCAGAAAAUUGUGAAGAAGGUUUUGAAGAUUCAAAAAGCCAAAGAAAAGCUGGCAGCUAAGAGCUGAGGUGUUAAUUUAGAGCAACUUUCUGAUUUUUCUAGUCUUGGAAAUCUUGACAUUCAAGUGAUUACUGUUCGUGCACUUAAAAAUUGUGAGGUGAUUGGUAACUGUUUGCUUUAGUUGCUUAUAUUAUGAAUCAAAAUGAUUAUUUUUAUUGUCAUUAUCUCAUUCUAGAUA